AUGGCAGUUUCUGCCGCCAAUAUCCUCUCUAUCUUCUUCCUCUUUUGUGUUGCAGUGUUUCUCCUCUUUACAUUUUCUUCUGCAUUGCUGUCUUGGAUUUUGAGCCGUAUUUUGGGUGCAUCUGUUGAAUUUUGUGUUGGCGGAUGUAACAGUUUACGGGAUGUGGCUGUGAAGUUUGUAAAGGGUGCUACUGAAUCUGUAUGUAUUGGUGAAAUUAAACUCAGCUUAUUAUAUUCCUCUGUCGAACCUGGUGUGGGUUUUCGUUCUUGGAAUCCAAAGUUGCAAUUAUCAAUAUGCAACUUAGAAGUUGUUAUGAGGCCUACAAGUACAAAUAAAAGCUCUGCAAAGAAGAAAACUCAGAAAUCCAAAACUCGUUCUUUAGGCAAGGGAAAAUGGAAGACUAUUGUCAAUAUUGCAAGAUAUCUUUCUUUUUCUUUGACAGAGUUUGUUCUAAAGACACCUAAAGGUACUGUUGGGAUUGGGAAGAUGAAUGUUGAUAUAUCUAAAGGUGGUGGGCCCGAAUCAAAUUUGUUUGUUAGCUUACAUAUCUCGCCCAUUGGCAUUCACAUUAGUGAUCCUCAAGUUAGUUGUGAUCAAUCAUCUAAAUUUAGUGUUGGAGGAUGCAGUGUUUCUAGCCAGGCAUCUGCUGCUCCUACAGAAAAGUCUUCUGCUCCUUUUAUCUGUGAAAAAUUCUCCGUCUCAUGUGAAUUUGGUCAUCGUAGGGAAGUGGGUAUUGUUAUUAAGAAUGUAGAUGUAUCCAUUGGAGAAAUUGCUGUAAAUUUGAAUGAGCGGCUGCUUAUUAAAAAAAAGAGGUCAUCAGAAUCUUCAUCUGGCUCUGAUAGGUCAAGCGUUGAUUCCAUGAGCACAAAACAGUCUUCAACAAAGCAAGAAAAACUAGCACGCUUCAGUUCUUUGUUUCCUGAGAAGGUGGGCUUCAAUCUACCAAAGCUGAAUGUGAAUUUUGCACAUAGCGAGCAUGGUCUUUCUGUUGAAAAUAAUAUCACUGGCAUUCAAUUUAAUAGCAUUAAAUCACGCUCCAAUAAGGAUAUUGGGGAGAGCACUCGCUUUCAUUUUCAACUGGAGUUCAGAGAAAUUCAUCUUCUUAGAGAAGCCGGCGCUUCUGUCUUGGAGAUAACGAAGGUGAAAUUGGUCUCCUUUGUCUGUGUCCCAGUGCAGUCAAUCUCACUUGCUAGAGCUGAAACUGAAAUCAAACUUGGACGUUUUCAAUGCAACAUCAUAAUGAGCAGAUUGAAGCCUUGGUUGCGUCUCCACUCCUCCAAAAAGAAAAAAGUGGUAAUUCGAGAGGAAGCUUCGGUUGUAAAACCGAAAUCAAAUGAGAGCAAGCCCAUCACGUGGAUAUGUAAAUUUUCAACUCCUGAGAUAACAAUCGUGCUUUAUAAUAUGGCUGGUUUUCCGGUGUAUCAUGGUUGCUUACAAUCGCCGCAUCUAUUUGCAAACAACAUUUCAAAUAUGGGGACUUCAGUACAUUUUGAACUUGGUGAGUUCAAUCUCCAGUUGGCUGAUGAAAAUAAAGAAUGGUUGAAAGAAAGCAUUUUUGGUGUGGAAUCAGAUUCUGGCUCUAUUAUGCAGAUUACAAAGGUUAGUUUGGACUGGGGCAAAAAGGACAUGAAAUCCUCUGAAGAACAUGGUCCAAUGUCUAUGCUAGGUUUAUCAGUUGAGGUUACUAACAUGGGAAUUUAUCUAACUAUCAAGCGUUUAGAAACAUUAAUAUCAACAGCAAUAUCCUUUCAAGCUUUAAUGAAAAGUCUAUCUUCAAAGAAAAAAUCAACUCAAAGUCGAGGGCGCUCAUCAAAAUCUUCGGGUAAGGGAACUCAAAUAUUGAAGUGCAAUCUUGUACAGUGUUCAGUAUAUGUAUUGGGGGAGACUGGAUUGGAAAAUACAGACGUUCUAGAUCCCAAGCGAGUUAAUUACGGUUCACAGGGUGGAAGAGUUAUAAUAGAUGUGUCGGAAGAUGGUACCCCUCGCAGUGCUAAGAUAGUGUCCACUGUUUCUGAUAACUACCAAAAACUAAAGUACUGUAUCUCUCUUGAAGUUGUUCAAACCAAGUUAUGUAUAAAUAAGGUGAAACAAUCCACACAGAUAGAACUUGAAAGGGCCAGAUCUAUCUAUCAGGAAUAUGUGGAGGAAAGUAGGCCGAUGACAAAGGUGGCAUUAUUUGAUAUGCAAAAUACUAAAUUCGUAAAACGCUUAGGUGGCCUCAAAGAAAAAGCAGCUUGUUCUCUUUUCAGUGCUACUAGCAUUACAAUAAGGUGGGAGCCUGAUGUUCAUCUAUCACUAAUUGAACUUGUUCUCCAGCUGAAACUAGUUGUACACAAUAAGAAGCUUGAGGAAUAUGGUAAUGAAUGCAUGGGGGACUCAUCUAAUGUAAAAGAUGCAAAUUGCAAAAAUGAAGCUACCAUGGAAUCAAAGAAUCUUGAAAAGAAGAAAGGUUCUAUUUUUGCUGUUGAUGUGGAAAUGUUGAAAAUAUCUGCUGAGCUAGGAGAUGGAGUGGAUGCUAUGGUUCAGGUGCAGUCAAUUUUCUCUGAGAAUGCUAGUAUAGGAGUGCUCUUUGAAGAAUUAAUGAUUAAUUUUAAUCAGGCCAGAAUCUUGAAGAGUAGUCGAAUGCAAAUUUCACGAAUUCCUAGUAUAUCUGCUAGUGCAUCUGAUGCAAAGGGACCCGUAACCACAACAUGGGACUAUGUAAUUCAAGGACUUGAUGUUCAAAUUUGUUUGCCAUUCAGAUUGGAAUUGCGUGCUAUUGAUGAUGCUCUUGAAGACAUGUUACGAGCUUUAAAGCUUAUUGUGGCAGCAAAGACUAAUUUGAUUUUUCCUGUGAAAAAAGAUAAUUCUAAAGUAAAAAAGCCCAGUUCAACAAAAUUUGGAUGCAUAAAAUUUUUCUUACGCAAGUUAACUGCUGACAUUGAAGAGGAACCAAUUCAGGGAUGGCUUGAUGAACACUACCAGAUGUUGAAGAAGGAAGCUGGUGAGUUAGUUGUCAGGUUAAACUUUCUAGAUGAAUUUAUAUCGAAGGCCAAGCAAGAUCGAAAAUCUUCUGAUGACUUGAAUAAUUCUUCUGAAGAGGGAAAAAUUUAUUUUAAUGAUGUUGAAGUUGAUGUAAAUGAUUCUUCAAUUAUUGAGUCUAUGCGAGAAGACAUUUAUAAACGAUCAUUUCGAUCAUAUUAUGAGGCAUGCCAGAAGUUAGUGUUAUCUGAAGGCUCAGGUGCAUGUAGGGAUGGCUUUCAAGCUGGUUUCAAACCUAGUGCUUCAAGGUCUUCACUUUUUACGAUAACUGUGUUAGACUUAGAUGUAAGCUUGACAAAAAUUGAUGGAGGAGAUGAUGGGAUGAUUGAGUGUGUGAGGAAACUUGACCCUGUUUGUCUUGAAUGUGAUAUACCAUUUUCCCGACUGUAUGGGGCAAAUAUUCUCUUGAAUGCGGGUUCUCUUGCGGCUCAGAUUCGAGAUUACACAUUUCCUCUUUUUUCUGGAAAUUCUGGCAAAUGUAAAGGUUCUCUUGUGUUGGCUCAGCAGGCAACUAGCUUUCAACCUCAAGUACUUCAAGAUGUCUAUGUUGGGCGGUGGAGAAAGGUGUGGUUGCUUCGAUCAGCUAGUGGUACAACUCCACCCAUGAAGACAUACUUAGAUUUACCAUUACAUUUUCAAAGAGGCGAAGUGUCAUUUGGGGUGGGUUAUGAACCAGUUUUUGCUGAUCUUAGUUAUGCUUUCACUGUGGUGCUACGGAGGGCUAAUCUAAGUAUUAGGAAUCCUGGCCCACUUAUAUUGCCACCAAAAAAGGAGAAGAGUUUGCCAUGGUGGGAUGACAUGAGAAAUUAUAUUCAUGGAAAAACUUCCUUAUUAUUUUCUGAAACUAGAUGGUAUAUUUUGGCAUCUGCAGAUCCUUAUGAAAAGCUUGAUAAACUUCAAAUUGUGACUAGCUCUUUGGAAAUUCACCAGUCAGAUGGUCGUAUUCUUGUUUCUUCCAAAGAUUUCAAGAUUUUUUUGAGUAGUUUGGAAAGUCUGGCAAACAAACGUGGAUCUAAAAUUCCAGCUGUUGUCAAUAGUCCAUUUUUGGAAGCCCCAGUCCUUACAACUGAAGUUACAAUGGACUGGGGUUGUGACUCUGGAAAACCCUUGAAUCAUUAUUUAUUUGCACUUCCUAUUGAAGGAAAGGCUCGCGAAAUAAUAUUUGAUCCCUUCAGAUCCACUGCUCUUUCCAUUCGAUGGACCCUAUCUUUUGGAUCUGCUCUUCCUUUGUCAGAAAAGAAACAUCCAUCCUCCAUAGCAAUAAAUAGUACAGAAGCAAAUGCUAAUGUAUCUCAUCCUCCUAACAUUUGUCAGAAUUUUUCACCUGCUUCCCCAACAAUACAACUCGGUGCUCAUGAUCUAGCAUGGAUUGUAAGAUUCUCGAACUUGAACUACCUUCCUCCACAUAAACUGCGCAUGUUCUCACGAUGGCCCCGUUUUGGAGUUCCUAGAAUUGUCAGAUCAGGUAAUCUUGCACUUGAUAAAGUGAUGACUGAAUUUAUGAUGCGUAUAGAUUCCACUCCAAUCUGCAUAAAGAACAUGCCAUUACAUGAUGACGAUCCAGCUAAAGGACUGACCUUCAUGAUGAAAAAGUUCAAGCUUGAAUUAUAUUUUAGUCGGGGACAGGAACAUUAUACUUUUGAAUGCAAACGCGAACUUCUUGAUCUUGUUUUCCAAAGUAUUGACCUUCAUAGGCCCAAGUGUUUCCUAAAUAAAGAAGAGUGCGGAACUGUGGCUAAAUCAGUUAAUGUGAUACCAAAAAGUACACAAUCUACAUCCGAGGAAAAAACUCCCUCUAAAAAGGGUUAUCUGGCACAGAAAAAUCACGAUGAUGGAUUUCUGUUAUCUUGUGAUUACUUUACCAUACGAAAACAGUCUCCAAAGGCUGAUCCUGCUACAUUAUUAGCCUGGCAAGAAGCCGGAAGAAGAAAUGCUGAGAAGACCUAUGUACAGUCUAGCUGUGAAAAACAGAGCGAAACAGAUGAGCAUAUGCAAUCAGACCCAAGCGAUGAUGAUGAGUACAAUGUGGUGAUAGAGGAUGAUGGGUAUAAUGUGGUAAUAGCUGACAGUUGUCAGCGCGUGUUUGUCUAUGGUCUAAAGCUUUUGUGGAAUAUUGAAAACAGAAAUGCAAUUUGUUUUUGGGCUGGCGGUCUAGCCAAAGCUGUUGCACCUGCCAAGCCUUCUCCUUCCCGGCAGUAUGCACAGAGAAAAUUACACGAGAACAACAACCAGCAAGAUGGAAGUGAAACUCGUCAAGACGAUGCGUGUGAAACCCAUCAAGAUGACGAAACUGAAAUGCAAAGAGAUGAUGGACCUGAAACCCAUAAAGAUGAAGGAGUUGAAACCCAUAAAGAUGAAGGAGUUGAAACCCAUCAAGAUGAAGCUAGUAAGUCCCUUCCCACCGGUAACAUCUUAGAUUCGCCUUCUUCUCUGGCUGCCAAGACUACUGAAUUCCCUUCAUUCCCAUCCAGUUCAUUUAAGAUGGACAGCUUACCAUCAGCCAAAUAUGAAAAUACAGACGAUUCGAUGGAGGGGACUCGACAAUUCAUGGUUAAUGUUAUUGAACCACAAUUUAAUCUUCACUCAGAGGGUGCAAAUGGUAGGUUUUUGCUUGCUGCUCUAAGUGGACGUGUUUUAGCCCAGUCGUUUCAUUCAGUUGUUCAUGUUGGCCAUGACAUGAUUGAGCGAGCACGUGGUACGACAGAAGAAAAUAUUAGUGAAUACCAGCCUGAAAUUGCAUGGAAAAGAAUGGAGUUGUCUGUUAUGUUGGAGCAUGUUCAAGCGCAUGUAGCCCCAACGGAUGUUGAUCUAGGGGCUGGGGUGCAGUGGCUACCAAAAAUUAUUAAAGGCUCUCCAAAAGUAACGCGUACAGGUGCACUUCUUGAGAGAGUUUUUAUGCCUUGUGACAUGUACUUUCAGUACACAAGGCACAAAGGGGGCACUCCAGAAGUGAAGGUGAAGCCCUUGAAGGAGCUCAAGUUCAAUUCUCAUAAUAUUACAGCAGCAAUGACAUCUCGUCAGUUUCAAGUCAUGUUGGACGUGUUAAACAAUCUUCUAUUUGCACGGCUUCCAAAGCCUCCAAAAAGUAGCCUGACACUUUCAAAUGAAGAUGAUGAAAAUGUCGAAGAGGAAGCAGAUGAGGUGGUUCCUGAUGGUAUUGAGGAGGUGGAACUUGAAAAAAUCAACCUCGAAAAGAAAGAAAGGGAACAAAAGUUGCUUCUUGAAGAUAUGAAAAAGUUGUCUUUUUUGUGUGAUCCUUCCAAAGAUCCACAUCCAGAAAAGGAACGGGACUUGUGGAUGAUAGAUGGUGGAAUAGCCAUGCUGGUCCAAGGAUUGAAGAGAGAACUUGUAAGUGCUCAAAAAUCCAGGAAGGAAGCAUAUGCAUCAUUAAGAAUGGCCAUGCAAAAAGCAGCACAGGCGCGGCUAAUGGAGAAGGAGAAGAACAAAAGCCCUUCCCAUGCUAUGCGCGUAUUUUUGCAAAUUAACAAAGUUGUUUGGAGCAUGCUUCUUGAUGGUAAAUCCUUUGCUGAAGCCGAAAUCAAUGACAUGAUCUAUGAGUUCGAUCGGGAUUAUAAGGAUGUGGGUGUUUCUCAGUUUACAACCAAAUAUCUUGUUUUCAAAAACUGUCUUCCCAAUGCCAAAUCUGAUACGAUUUUGUCAGCGUGGAAUCCUCCAGCCGAAUGGGGAAAAAAAGUCAUGCUUCAAGUUGAUGCGAGACAGGGAGCUCCAAAGGAUGGAAGUUCACCCUUUGAACUUUUCCAGGUAGAAAUAUAUCCACUUAAGAUCCAUUUACAAGAGACAAUGUAUAGGAUGAUGUGGGGAUAUUUCUUCCCAGACGAAGACCGAGUUUCACAACGCCGACAGGAAGUUUGGAAGGUUUCAACCACAGCUGGUGCAAGGCGUGUUAAAAAAGGUUCUUCAGCCAGUGAAGCUUCCACCUCCAGCAAUCAGUCGACAAAGGAGUCUGAGGCCUCGUCCAAAUCUUCCAUCUCUUCAUUUCUAUUUCCUACAACCAAUCAGGCUUCUGCCCAAGCUGGUUCUGCACAGGCAUCCAAAGCACAAAAUGCAAAAGUAGUUCCUGGUUCAACCGCCGAGUUGAAAAGGUCAUCUUCUUUUGAUAAGUCAUGGGAAGAGACCGUGGCAGAAUCUGUAGCUGAUGAACUCGUCUUACAAAGUUUAGCUUCAAACAAAAUUAGCCCAUUUGACUCUACCGAGCAACAAGAUGAAGCUUCCAAGAGUAAAUCAAAAGAUCCGAAAGGUGUAAAAGCUGGUCAAUCAUCUAUUGAAGAAAAGAAGGUGGCUAAGCCACAAAAGAUAAUGGAAUUUCACAACAUCAAAAUUAGUCAGGUGGAAUUGUGUGUUACAUAUGAAGGGCAAAGAUUUGUCGUAAAUGAUUUGAAAUUACUGAUGGAUCAAUUUCACCGGGCCGAGUUUAGCGGGACUUGGCGAAGACUCUUCUCACGAGUUAAGAAGCACAUUAUUUGGGGAGUCUUAAAGUCUGUGACUGGCAUGCAGGGGAAGAAAUUUAAAGACAAAGGUCAGAAUCAGCCCAGUGGACCCACUGUUCCAGAAAUUGAUCUUAAUGUUAGUGAUACGGAAGGCCAUGCAGGAAAACCUGAUAAGCUUCCACCAUCUUGGCCUAAGCGCCCUACUGAUGGAGCGGGCGAUGGAUUUGUAACAUCUGUUAAAGGUCUAUUUAACACUCAACGCCGUAAGGCAAAGGCGUUUGUGCUCAAGACAAUGAAAAAUGAAGCAGAAAAUGAAGCUCAAGGAGAUUGGAGUGAAAAUGAUGUAGAGAUUUCUCCUUUUGCUAGACAGCUCACGAUAAUAAAAGCCAAAAAACUUAUUAAGCGGCACUCUAAGAAGAUCAACCCCAAAGCAGAGAAAGGUUCAUCCUCAACGACCGCAGUUCAAAAAGAAGAAUUACAACCGUCAUUUCCCAAAGAGGAAGCUAUAUAUGACAGUGAUUCGUCAAGUGGAUCCUCAUCCUAUGAAGCUUUUCUUGAAUAG